AUGAACAUUUUCAGAUUAGCAGGUGAUAUGACUCACCUGGCCAGUGUUCUCGUCUUGCUUCUCAAGAUCCACACCAUCAAAUCCUGCGCCGGUGUCUCAUUGAAGACUCAAGAACUCUAUGCCAUUGUCUUUGCUACGCGAUAUUUGGAUAUUUUCACGAGUUUCGUGUCUGUCUAUAACACCUUUAUGAAGUUGGUAUUCUUAGGAAGUUCCUUUUCGAUUGUUUGGUACAUGAGGUAUCAUAAGGCUGUCCACAGGACCUAUGAUAGGGAGCAAGAUACGUUUCGCCAUUGGUUCCUUGUGCUUCCAUGUGUACUCUUAGCUCUUCUCAUACACGAAAAGUUUACCUUCCUUGAGGUACUGUGGACGUUUUCAUUGUACUUGGAGGCUGUUGCCAUAUUACCUCAGCUUGUUUUGCUGCAAAGGACUAGAAAUAUCGACAACUUGACCGGGCAAUAUAUAUUUCUCCUUGGGGGAUACCGGGCAUUGUACAUCGUCAACUGGAUCUAUCGUUACUUCACUGAGCCGCACUUUGUUCAUUGGAUAAUAGCGUUAUGGAUCAUAGUGGUUGAUGCUAGGGUUCGCGGAGGGAGAGGAAUCGAAAAAUAUGUUACUUUCGGUCAGAACUUUGUUGUUACAUGGGGCCAGGGUCAUGUCUCCGCAAUCCACUCUGGCAAAGAAGUUGAUCUCUACAUGGAUCAGUCUUCAGGUGCUGGGUUCGAGUCCAAAGGCACCUACGGAUCAGGUCUCUUUCAAAUGAGAAUCAAAGUGCCCGGAGGAAAUUCUGCCGGCGUCGUUACUGCUUUUUACUUGACUUCAAAGGGAGGUAGUCGCGAUGAGGUUGACUUUGAGUUCUUAGGAAACAACGAUGGAAGACCGAUAACGUUGCAGACAAAUGUGUUUGUGAAUGGAGUAGGAGACAGAGAAGAGAGAUUUCUGCUUUGGUUCAACCCCAUCAAACACUACCAUACUUAUGGAAUUCUUUGGAACCGUUACCAAAUUGUGUUUUACGUGGACAAGAUCCCAAUAAGAGUGUACAAAAACGAAAAAGGAGUAAGCUAUCCAUCAAAGCCUAUGCAAGUAGAGGCCAGUCUCUGGAACGGUGACGAUUGGGCGACAGAUGGCGGUCGAACAAAGAUAAACUGGUCAAACUCUCCCUUCAUUGCCCAUUUCCAAGACUUCUCCGGCCUCUUUGGCUGCAACAUAAAUGGUCGGAGUAAUAAUGUGGCCGCUUGUGAAUCCUCCAACUACUGGUGGAAUACAGGCAAGUAUCAAAGGCUAAGCGGUUACGAACAGAAAAUCUAUGAGCAUGUGAGGAAAAAGUACAUGAACUCUGACUAUUGUACUGAUCGUUCUAGGUACCCAACUCUUCCUAGAGAAUGUUAUUGA